AUGCAUAUUAAUGACCGUGAGUCCGGCGCCAGAGAACUCGGAGUUCGUGUUCGCCCAUUUGCCUUGCAAAGCGAUCAAAUGAAUCAACGAUACUUGCAAUUUCCGUGUCGAGUCUUUAUGCGAGUGCAUCUCGGAAUGCUGGAAAUGAAUCUGGAGCUGGAUGAUGAUAACGAUGGCGAUGACAGCGGCAGCGGAUGCAGCAGCUUACUCAGAAAGCACUCAAGGAGCCAAAGGAACGGAAUGAAUGGAGCACUCGAAAGGUCCGGAAUCGGGAGGACAUCCAUAACGAAUACCUCAAAUACCUGUAGUUUCAAAUUCAUGGUUAUUGGUAUAGGAAAACAAGAACUUAAGAAGUUUUAUCCUUUUCUUAAGGAACACAUCUCAGAGGAUAGGCAGACGAUGGCAGACCCCUUCUUCGAUGCGCUUUGGCCAUUGAUCCUGGACGAGAAUCCCUGUCGCAUCGAGAGCCAGGCGGCUGAUUUCUUUGUGCCCAGCAAGCCCUUUGAUCGCCUAAAGUGGCACACCUAUUUGGCUCAGGUGGGCUAUCCCUUCUAUAUGCCGCCGUAUGAGCUGCGCUGUUGCGAGGGUGCUCGGCAGGAGGAAGUCGAAGAGGAGGAAGCGGAAAAGGCCCUGAACAAGGAGGUGGAGGAGCGGAAGGGACCCGCCCAGGCCGACUUCCUGUGUCACGGAUCCCGGGAAAUACGCCCCGUCGAUAAGGAGGUGGAGCACCUGAGAGGGGAGCAGGAGCGCCGGCAGAAACUGGCCUACGACUUCGCCAAUCGCCGAUAUCCCUGGACCAUGCAGACGCCCAGCCACGAAUUGGGCUUCACACUUACCGAGGAGCUGCAGAAGUGCUUCAAGGCACCCAUGGAGCUGGCCAUUCUGCAGGGGAUCCAUGACCACGACUGUAAGCUAAUGAUUAUCGAUCUGGGUGGCGAGGUGGGCAUCGAGGACUGCCGGCGCUGGAUCAAGUUCCGCCCUUAUAUCCAGUUGCUAGCUCUGGUGCGAACACCUCGAGCAGGGCGAUCUUUGCAGCUGCUGAAUGUCUUUCACACGCUCCAUGUGGAGGAGUCGGCGGAGAACUCCUGGAACGACGAGUUGGCCUGCUCCCUGCGCACCGGAUACAUGUACGCCCAGAAAAUACAGCUUCUGAAAUCCUGCGGCGAGCCACUGGUAUUCGUCUUCAGUCGACUUCGCGGUAUCUGUACAUGCGAUAACUUCAAAAUACUCCGUAGAUCCUAAAAAGAUAUCCUCCAACUAUUCAUGUUUGAUUUAACGUAUCAAAAAUUCUAAAUGCAAAAAAAAAUUGAUUUGUUGAUACAGACACUGUAUAUAAUGUUAAUAAUUAAUUGCAAUAAAAAAUAUUUAUGUGUAGUAAAAAUAAAACUUCUGGCGAAAA